AUGUAUAUUCACGUUCUCACCCCCCAUCAGCCAGUCCUCUCAAGAAAGCAAGAGGCUAUUCUCUUCUUAUUCACCCUUUCGACCUCAAGUAUUCACACGCAAUCCGCAUUCCAGAUCCCCGCUUUGGCAAAUAGCAAGCCUCAUUUGCGAACACAGGCAAACACGCCUCCGCUUGAUCACCCUGCACAUGGUGGUGAAGCAGCGACGACUAAUGCAGAUCUUCUCAGAGACUUUCGGUCUCGGAGAGGGAUGUCUUAUUUGACGGAAUCUCUGCUUAUCCGAGAUACGCUGUAUUUAAUGCAAGGUAUAUCGGGAAAGUACAUUCGUUUUGCGUCUUCAGAAACAGCCGACAAGACUUUGGUGUUCCCUACCGAUCAGAAAUUUGUUAUCCCUCCAUCAACGCAAGCUCUUAUCCACAGACUCGCGGAGCUUGGCUACCUUUAUAGCCGCGUGGAAAGCUUCGUUCGAGAGCGUGAAGGUGCAGACGGUGUUGGAAUGAUCGAACAAAGUCUCUGCCAUUAUCUACAGACUCAGCUCACCGAAUACUAUCGCCUAAUCGCGGUGCUGGAGACCCAAAUGUCAACAUGCAGAAACGAGACAACUGAACUUCCCAGAAGCCAGGAAACCGGGCUAUCUUUAAGACGAUUGGAUGUCUGGGUGAACGACUGGCGUCUGAGAAUGAGGAUGAUGAGCGUUUGCGUGGAGGGUGCUCGAGAUGCUCACGGGGGAGCUUUAGUAAAUCUGAUACACAGCUACACAGACAACGGAGAUCCGUUUGUGCGGAAGUUUACCGACGAGCUUCUAGAAGAAGUAUCUCGCCCAUUUUUUGCCACUCUCCAUAAAUGGUUAUUUUCUGGAGAGCUCUAUGAUCCAUUCGAGGAAUUUUUCGUUUCGUCGGGUUCAAGUCUAGGGCAUGUCGCCUACGUUCACCCUUCGUCUAUACCUGGGGGCAUAAACAAUCAUGUCACCGAUGGGGGUUUCGGAGGUGCAUUCAACCCCGACAAUGAUGAUGAUUUGGGCCUUCGGGAGGAUGGGCAAAAGCUCUGGGAGGCAAAAUAUCAAUUUCGGAAGGACAUGCUCCCCAUGUUUGUUGGAGAGCCCUUCGGAAGAAAGAUUUUUUCGACUGGAAAAAGCUUGAAUUUCAUUCGGUACAGCUGUCUGGAUAGCGACUGGGUGGUCACACGUGAAAAAAUGAGUAACACUGGUGGCAUUCUACAGUACAACGAUAUUGCAGGGUUAGAAAGGUCAAUUGACAGUGCAUAUCAGGUGGCCAGCCAUCGAUUAUUCGAAGUCUUCAUCGAGAAGUUCAAACUUCUUCAUCAUCUCUCUGCCCUGAAAAGCUUCCUUCUCUUGGGCCACGGCGACUUUGCCGAUCAACUCAUGGAGACCUUAGGUCCAAGUCUGGCACGGCCUGCAAAUACCCUGUUUCGGCACAAUCUAACGGCCAAUCUAGAAACAGCCAUACGCUCCUCGAACGCCCAAAAAGAUCCAGUAGACACGCUACGCCGGCUGGAUGCCCGAAUGCUGGAGUACUCUCAUGGCGAAAUCGGUUGGGAUGUGUUCACCCUGGAAUACAAAGUCGACCCUCCUAUCGACACCGUUCUUGACCAGGAAGCAAUGGAAAAAUACUUGAAGUUGUUCAAGCAUCUCUGGCAAAUGAAGAGAAUUGAGAAGACUCUGGACAAAGGAUGGAUGAGAGUAACGGGCAGUGCAAAGAGCUUUCUUCGCCUUCCAGAGUUAGACUUUGAGUGGCACAAAAUCCGUAUAGUAAUGGCUGAGAUGAUACACUUCAUUCGCCAACUCGAGGCAUACUGUCGCUUGGAAGUCAUAGAAUGCUCCUGGAAAGUUCUUAUUGAUUUCUUGAACAAGAAAGAGGGAGACCUGGAUGCACUGAUUGGUGCACAUCGGACUUAUCUGGACAGAAUGACUCAGAAGAUCUUGCUCUGGAAUCCAAAACCAGGCAAGGAGGAACUAGUUUUACGGCAACUUCUAGAUGUAUUCGCUCUCAUCCUGCAAUUCCGCGAUGCGACAGAUAACUUCUACAACUACUGCCUGACGGAGUCAGCCAGGAAGGAUCAAGAAUUGGAUGCAGAGCGGGGGGUCUACACCGGGAAUGCAAAGGGCGACUCUACACAUCCUAGGGAUACCCUACCUACAUUGCUUGAUCGCCUGAAGGAGUAUGGAACUGGCUUUUCAGACAGGGUACAAGCUCUUGUUCUGCAACUUCAAGUACAUCCCGACUUGGACUGCCGGUUCCUUGGAAUUCGACUUUCCUUCUCAGACUACUACAAGUUGAAGAAGGAUCAACAAUCUGUGAAGGCAUAG